GCGAUAUGGUGAGAUGGGAUGAGAGAAUGAUAUGAGAAUCGGCGAGGCGAUUUGGUUCCGGUAGGCGAGGAGAAGAUUAUUUCGACACGCAGCUCGAUCGGCUCCGGGCUCCAUCGCUGGAGCCUGGAGGAUAGCAUAGCAGCAGGCAAUAACGGAGAUUAAUUAAAAUCCGCACGGCAGGAACUGAGGGCGCCUAUAAAUGCAUCCCACGGCGCAGCCAGGGGGGCAACAAAACCGGAGCGAGCUGAGCACCUGUCGCCACUCUUGGUGCUCGUUCCAUCUCCGGCGGGCUGCUCAGUCCUCCUCACGCCGCCGACGAUGGAGUCCCCCAUCCUCGCCGCCGCCUCGGUCGCCAGCAGCAGGGCCGCCACCACUGUCUUGUCGACGCCGCUCUCGUCGUCCUCUCGGCCCGCCGUCCUCCGCACCACCGACGCCGCCGCGCGCGUCGUCCGCUGCCGCAGCGCCGCCGCCACCAAGCAGGGCUCGCCGGCGGCGGCGCUGCUGCUGGCGCUGGACGACGCCGAGAUGUUCAACUCUGCGGAGGUGGUGCAGUGGGAGAGCGGCAAGUCCGUCAACGCCAUCGCCGCCGCGCAGGGCAUCCGGGUCCGCCGCCGCUGCCGCCCGAGCUACCCGUCCGAGGGCGUCGGCGCCGACAGGGCCGUCCCUCGGGACGUCCUCGAGCAGGUCGUCUGGGACAAGGAGGUCGAGGUCUCGCAGCGGAAGGCCCGGGCGCCGCUCCACAGGGUGGCCGAGUCCGCGCAGCGCGCGCCACCGUCCAGGGACUUCGCCGCGGCCCUCGGCGCCGCGCGCCGCCGCAACGGAGGGCUCCCCGCGCUCGUCGCCGAGGUCAAGAAGGCGUCGCCCACCAGGGGACUCCUCAGGGACCACUUCAACCCGGUCGAGAUCGCGCAAGCCUACGAGAAGAACGGCGCGGCCUGCUUGAGCAUCCUGACUGACGAGAAGCACUUCCUGGGGAGCUUUGAGAAUCUGGAGACCAUACGCAAUUCUGGUGUGAAUUGCCCUCUUCUCUGCAAGGAUUUUAUCAUUGACAUCUGGCAAAUCUACUAUGCGCGUUCGAAAGGUGCCGAUGCGAUUCUCCUGAUUGCCGCCGUGCUGCCGGACCUUGACAUCAAGUACAUGCUUCGUGUUUGCAGGAGUCUCGGCAUGACAGCUCUUGUUGAGGUUCAUGAUGUGAGGGAGUUGGAUCGCGUACUGAAGAUAGAUGGUGUUCAACUUAUUGGCAUCAACAAUCGCAGUCUAGGGACAUUUGAAGUCGACACUACGAACACAAACAUGUUGUUAGAGAAACGUGGUGACAUCAUUACGAAGAAGAAAAUAAUGGUUGUGAGCGAGUCCGGGUUGUUCACGCCAGAUGACGUAGCAUAUGUUCAGAAUGCUGGUGUUUCAGCUGUUUUGGUAGGAGAAUCCCUACUGACGCAGGAAGAUCCUGGCCGAGCAAUCGCUGGGCUGUUUGGGAAGGAGCUCUUACACUAAUCUUGUUCCCUUGUGCUCUAGCUAAUUGUUGUAUGUAGCAAUUCAUCAAUCAUUGGCUGAGAAGUGAAGGCUUCCAAGAGUAAAGAUUGCACAAGACUAACCAUGAACAAGCGCAUCACUACUAUUUUGUGCAGUGCAUGUAUUGGAAUAUCAGUGCAGAUUGCGUAUGACGAAUUUUCGUUUUAGUGAUGCCAUGCCAUAGGAUUUCUUUAUCGUUUGUUGAAGGCAGAUUGCUGGCACAGCAGACAGCAUAUGCAAUAUUCCAAAAAAUUGAAAUAUUAAAUUGAGAGAAAUUUCCAAACAUUUAAAA